AUGUUUGCAGCGACAAUUCUGUCAGGUACUUCAAGUGUAACAUCAGCAAAGAGACUUCUACGACUUAAACCAAAGGAUGCCAACAGCACUAGUAAAGUGCCCCUUGUUGAUAGAACCGCUAAAAAUUUAUUUGUUGUGUUAAAUGAACUUCCUGAAAAUGACGAUUUCGACCCUGAAUCUUGCGAUCGAUUCGAAUUCAAAAUGCCAAAUUUUCACGCACCUGGUAGAAGAAUAAGUGAAAUCAAAUGCCUUGAAUAUUUAUGGAAGAUGCGAUUUUAUGACGAAGUACUGUUAAGAUGUAUACGUUGUGGAAUUGAAUUCAACUACAGUAUUAGUGUAAUUUUUGGAGGUCAUGAUGCUGCACCAGGAGAAUUCCCCCAUAUGGGUGCAGUAGGCUGGAAAGCAGUUAAUGGCAAGUGGAUAUUUAAGUGUGGUGCCACACUCAUAUCUGAAAAGUUCAUGCUGACUGCGGCUCACUGUUCCCGAUCACCGAGGGGUGAUACGAAAGUUGCUGAACCUGAGCCCAAAAUAGUGCGACUUGGAGAAACAAAUAUUUUGGAUGAGAAUAAAAACAAACAGACACCAGAAGACGCAAUCAUCAAAAGGUUCAUUGUGCAUCCUUACUAUAGGUCCCCAUAUAAGUAUUACGAUAUUGCAAUAAUAGAACUUGAAACUCCAGUCACGUUUACACUUAAAAGUCAUCCCGCUUGCAUCUGGACUAAUCAAUUCCAAGAAGUAUUUGGUGUAGCCGCUUUGACUGGAUGGGGUAUAGUUGAAGCAGGUAAUGAAGAAAUGCAUCCAAAACUACAAGUAGCUGAGGUGGAUAUUGUAGGUGUGCGUGCUUGUGAUAUUAUGCUUGAAUCUAGACGCAAUAGACACUGGAGAGGUCUAGCUUACCAUCAGAUGUGUGCCGGACAUUUGCCCGGUGGUAUUGAUUCCUGUCAGGGAGAUUCUGGAGGUCCAUUACAAAUGAAAAUCGAUAUACCAGAAUAUACAGACUGGAAGAUGCAUUACAUCGUUGGUAUAACAUCAUUCGGCUACGGUUGUGGUCGUCCGGGCACUCCAAGUGUUUACACAAGAGUAUCUAGUUUCCUUAACUGGAUUGAAAGUAUUGUUUGGGAAGAAGAUUAUGCCAAAAUGAGAAAUGGAAAUUUAUAA